AUGAAUGUUGAGUAUGUUCCCAGUCAGUUCCACUUCAGGAUCGAGUUUAACGGGGAGCUUGCCCAUGUGUUCAACUUACCUGAUGACAUCCCGGACUUGGAAUUCCAAGAAAUCAGGGCUCAGGGAGAUCAAAGUAUCACGUUCAUUGGCUUUGCUCCACCGGGUACUAAUCCUGCUGUUCCCGUUGGAACUGAGCUUUGGUUUCGUUGUCCUGAGUUCCACGUGUUUAGUCACGACUGGUACCACAACCCACAAGUGAGGAUCACAUGUCAGGAAAAUGGAUUGUUCAGUCUUCCUGAAACUUGGCCCGAGUGUGUGUACCCGGCCACAACUGAAUCCGGACGAAUUGAUGGAGUAUCAAAUGGAUGCAAUGGCACCCUUUGCGGAGGUAUUUUCCCAGGUGAGACAACAAAAUUUGCUUCUGACCUUUGCAGGAGUCGUUUAGAUGUAAUAUUAUCAAGCAUCUAAUGGAAUUCGAACACACGUUUAUUCGAAAUGUUGGUAAAAUAUCAAUAAUAAUCGUUGCCAACGGAAUUUGUGGCGUCAUUGUUGUAGUUCUUGUCGAAGUAGUUGUUGUUGAUGUCGUUCACUUAAUAUCUAUAUCAAUGAUGCGGAUAAGCAGCAGUUCAUAAUUAGUAUACGUCCGUAAUUUUUAUGUACCGUAAAGAUUGUAAAAUGAUCCGGAAAUAAAGCUCGGCACUUGAUUGCUUUGAAGUUGCC